CAAAUAAGUUGGUCUCGUUUGGGCGAUUUAAAUCACGGUCCAGCGCUUGAUCGUCGGGUGUGAAGCGAUGGAAAUUUACAAAAACAAUGCGUUCUUCGACAAGCUGAAGCAAAAUGUUACCGACUCUUUCGGGCAACUGCGAAAGGCGGUCGAUAUGCGCGAGAAACUCCUCUUAAGACAACUAACGGUGGUCGUGCAGCAAGCGCAGCACAUUACGUACGAAUUUGAUAGCAUCCGCUUCCUGGGCGAUGGGGAGGACGAUUUAGUGGGCCGCAUACGUGCCUAUGGUCGCUACAAUAUCGACAACUUCAACAUCAUGCUGCAGAAGGAGCCAUACGAGAACGAGGACUACAUUCUGCCAUCGAACGAUCACGACCUAAUGCACAAGAGUUGCCGCCAGGGUGCGGACGACGAGCGCGAUCCAGAGAGCGAGGAAAUUGUGGUGGAGUUUUUCAACAAUCGUUCACUCAUCAGAGAAGGUGCCGAAAUGGUGCGCGAAUCGAUCAUCAACCUAACGCUUAGCGAAAGCCGUGAGCUCAUCGACCGCACAAUAGGUGCGAAACCCACGACGAUGGCCAUCGAUAGGGAAGGGUCACCGGAACUCUCGGAGGUGGCAGCGAUGCGCACGUGUAAAAUCGAUCCAACAACGUAUCGGCUACAUCGUGGACACAGAAGCUCUCUCCCAGGGAUGGCACUUAGCGAAGCUCCGAUGCAUUCGCUUUCGUUUCAAGGUGAGCUGCGCGGCAUUGGCAAGGCAGCUUUCGACCACGACGACGACCCUGUUGGCGACGGCUGCAACAACAAUCACAACCUCAGUUGCGUUGGCAACGCGACCCCGGGGAGUCAGGCGAAACCACGCAAUACAUCGCGUGAUGGUGAGAAAAUGAUAUCGCUUUCCCUACCGACACCGCACCGUAUGAUACCGAAAGCAUCGCAAACGGACGUGCUGGUAAUUUCGUCAACGGACGCGGAAGGCAACGUUCGGGAGACACCGUACAAAGCGGCAACGGACAAACGGGUCAAACAUGUCGGCCACCUAACAAUGAACAGUUGCGGCAGUACGAUAAAUCUUAAAAAUGUAACAAAUCUUACGAUUAACGCAUGUCCAGAACGGUUACCCACACCGACGAAGGUAAAGCAGAGGGAAAGGCAGACCGUGCCGGAUGGGGCGGAAAAUUCGGUGCCAUCCGAAGAGGGCAGUCCGGAGUGUGGCUUUUACAAGCGGCUGAUAACGGAGAACAAGAUUCUCCGCAAUCACAUAAUGAAAACGAAACUGAGCACCAUACGGCCGUACUCUGCGCAGUCGGAGCCGGAGGCGAUAAGUUCAUCCCCCUCGGAACACGCAACUUUAUCAACGAGUUCGGACAAUACGGUGACCGACGACCGACCGACCGACCGAGAAGGAACCGAGGGUGCGCACACCAGUGCACCUUCGUCGCUACCAGCGACCAAAGGAGACGCUAACCUUAACAUUCCUUUCUCGGAGCAGGAGUUGCGCCAGAUGCUGGACAUGCCCUCGACACUGUACGAUCGACAAAGCCUAUCGUUCGUGCUGGGCGAGUUGUACGGGUUGUCUUCGGGUGAUGCUGUCGGCAGUGGCCUUCUGAAUGUGGUCAGUGAUACAAAGGAGCACACGAUGCAAAUCCAACAGUGGCUGAAACAAAUAAUCUCUGAAGCGGAAACGGAACCGUUCCAAAACGCUGAAAUGCUUGAAUUUAGUAAAAUUCAUAAUUAAAUUCUCAUCCGCUUGCAUUUACAGCGAUCGUCAGUGGUUCCGCUAGAAGUGAUGAACUCACUAUUAAGCUUUGCGACAAAUCGUUCCUGAACUGUGAUUAUCUUUAGUUUGGUUUAUGUUUCCAUGUGUUCGUUGUUUCGGACCAUAAAUUGGGGUACGAUUACCACAAACUACUUUUCACAAAGCAUCACAAAUGGCAGUGAUAUGGUGUAAGCAAUCUGAUAGGUCGACAACACUGUGAUGGAGGAACACUCGCCAUGGCACAAUCAGGUUGCACUUUUAUCUGUAGAUUUCUGAAACCUAAUAUUGGAUUCUUAUUUUCAUCUUCAACUUUUAGUUUUCUGCAAACUCGGCGCCAAACUGGCACGUUCACAAAUUGAACAUUCAGUUUAAAGAUUCAAAUAUCGAUACAUAAAUAUAGAACAUUCCGCCAGCAAUGCACCAGAACUACUCUUCCACUUGCAAGAAAACUAGAAUCCUUUCGAUUCUGUGCCAUUUCGGUCACUUAAAUGAUAAUCGUAAUAUACUAAGAAGCGUGUUUUCGGCGCAACUGUGAACCGUUUUUUGAACAUGCAUAAAAAUAGUUAAAUUUUAAACGGUAAAAAUAGAAUGCUAAGAACAAAAUCUUCAUCG